AUGUCAAGAAUCAUUUUCUAUCCCUCAAAAAUCAAUUGUCCUCUUUAUUCUAUUCUUUAUUCUAUUCUCAAAUUUUCGGAUGACAAGAAAAAGUUUGAAAUAUUCGUGGAUGAUAUCAUUCUCAAUAACGUUAUUAUCAGCAAUCAGAAUCAAGAAGUGCGCCCCAUAUGCGACGAACGAAAUAAAAAUGGUGCUCACCUGGACGACCAUAUCAGAAAAUCACUUCCAAACUCAACAGUCAGUUUUAAGUGCAGGUUCUGGUGUGACCUUUCCAAUUCAAGAGAAAGAUCGAAAACCAAGGAGAUCAAUUUCCAACUAAGUCUCAACAACACCUACAGAGUUGUCAACGUCCAAUCGAGUGUCAACUGCAGAAUCUUCAGCAGCGCUGGAAAUACCACCCCUUAUGACGGCAUGAGCAUCAACUAUUCAAGGCUGGAGGCAAGGACAGUUCCUGAUUUCGAUAUAGACUUGUGGCACCAAUCUACUGCGGUGAACAAACAGAUACAAAUAAUAUCGUCGAUCACAUUGAUGGCCAACGCAAUAACAAAAAUAUCUCGAAUUUAUGGUGAACAAUCUCAAAAACUGGCUCCAAAACGACAGCAAUGA